CCUUCUUCCUCUUUAGCUCCCGAAUCUUUCUCUCCUCUGAUCAAUUGAGAUCGCUUCAAGCCGCGACACCGACACCGGAAGGAAUUUAACAUGGAAAAGAAAUUUCCCCGUUGAAUUUUUCUUAGAAAUCUAUAUUAUUCAGAGGGUCGUUUCCUGUAUAAAUUUUACUCAUUUUUUUAUUCAAUUGUGUUGGUAAGCGUUACAUAAACAAUACAACACGCCAUUCUGCUUUCGCAAGAGAAAAAGACGAUUUUGAUCGGAGAUGGGGGCGGUCACGUCGACGAUGGCGGCAAAAUUCGCGUUUUUCCCACCUAACCCACCUUCUUACGGAGUCGAUGAAGACCCAUCUACGGGGAGGCUGAGUCUCGACGGAAUCACCCAGAGGGAAAAUGUAGACAUUCUAAAACUUCCAACGAAAGGUGGGUCAGUGAUCGUUGCGGCGUUUAUGAGGAAUCCAGCGGCAUCGCUGACUGUGCUAUACUCACAUGGAAACGCAGCUGAUCUGGGUCAGAUGUAUGAGUUAUUCAGUGAACUCCGAGUUCAUCUUCGAGUCAACCUAAUGGGGUAUGAUUAUUCAGGGUAUGGACAGUCCACAGGCAAGCCAACUGAGCAGAACACCUACGCAGACAUUGAAGCUGCAUACAAAUGUCUUGAAGAAACUUAUGGUGUGAAAGAGGAAAACGUGAUACUAUAUGGGCAAUCUGUUGGUAGUGGACCUACUUUAGAUUUGGCAUCUCGUUUGCCACGUUUGAGAGCCGUUGUUCUUCACAGUCCCAUCUUGUCUGGACUCCGAGUAAUGUACCCAGUCAAGAAAACAUAUUGGUUCGACAUUUAUAAGAAUAUUGAUAAAAUACCAUCUGUGGAAUGUCCUGUCUUGGUAAUUCAUGGAACUGCAGAUGAUGUUGUAGAUGUCUCCCAUGGUAAACAACUUUGGGAGCUUUGUAAGGAAAAGUAUGAACCUUUAUGGAUCAAAGGAGGCAAUCAUUGUGAUUUAGAACUCUAUCCAGAAUAUAUAAAGCAUCUGAAGAAAUUCAUUUCAGCUGUUGGAAAAUCAAACCGUCUUAUUAUAAGCGAGGAUUCUAAUUCACUGCCCAGAAACAGUUUAGACUGUAAAGAGAAGGCGAGAGGAAGCAUGGAAAGGAGAGACAAAUCGAGAAAAAGUGUUGAUAGUUCUUCUGAAAAACAAAUUCUCAACUCAACAGACCAGCCAGAAAAAGCAAGAAACAGUAUUGAUCGCUUUGGAGGGAUGAUCAGAUCGGUCAGAUUGUGCAAUAUUGAUUGUUUCAAGCCUAGUGCUGUUGUUUAAGGUACAAACAAGCAGGUUGGAAGACAAUAUCAUUUUACAGCUGCUAUUUUUGAGGGAUUUGUUUGUGGAUGUUCGACUCUGAGUUGUCUCGAGUAUCUUGACAAGAUGUUUUUCUCUGCGAGGAUAUUGAGUGUCUCCAUCUCGUCAAACAUUCGCGGUCUUUGUUGCCUCGUCAUCUAUGUCUUUUAAUGGUUAUUUUUAAGGUUUUCCUUUUUCAUCUUUAAACACCACUUAUGUAUAGGAGGGAUAGAAUUGUGUUGGAUUGAAUCGAAUUUAAUGUAUUUCUAUUUUUACAACUUCAAUUAUGACAUUUUAUGGUUGGGAUAUAAAUAAAGACUUAUUCCAAGGGAUGAGCAACCCAAUCCAACUA